CACAUGCCCAACUCUAAAAACGAGGAAAAAAACAUAAAAACAAACAAAUUUCAGCGAAAAAAAGAUAAUAAGGAGAUAGAAAAACAAUAUGAUGAAGAAAUUAUGUUUUUUAGUCGAAAAAAAACCUCAUUUAAAAGCCCAGAAACUUUUACUGAUGUAAAAUAUAAAUACUACAGUAAGAAAUAUGAUUUUAGUUUUGAUCCAACACAAAUAUCAUCAUCAGAAACAUUUUCUUCUGAUGAAAAUACUCUAUCGUCACCUAAGAGUAUUUCAUCAGAAAGUAUAGAAAAAUUACCAAUUGUUAUUUCUCAGGAAAAUAAAGAAUCAUUAGAAAAAAAUAGAUCAAUAAACAUUUCAAAGAAAACUCAUAAAAAUACACACAAAAAAAUAACUAAUAAAUCUCAUUCAGAAUCAUCAUUAUCACCAUCACCAUCUGAUAGAAAAAGAAGUAUUAGUCUUACACCACCUCCUCGUUUAUCUAAACAAAUCAUUCAAGAAGGACACCGUAUGUAUAUGAAUCUAACACAAGAAACAAAAAUCAACAAGAAAGCCGCAAAAGAAACAAAUAAAUCAGAAGAAAAGGAAAAUAAUAAUUUCUACAUUUAUGAUAAUUCGAAUAUUGAAACAUAUGACCAAUAUAGCACAAAUGAAACAAAAAAUACUGAUAUUACAGAACUAGAAGCAAAAGAAUUUCCAGAAAAUAAUAAAAAGAUAGAAAUUUUUGAAAUAACAGUAAUCGGAAAAAGAAAUAUAAAAACAGAUGACAUUUUUUUUCCAGAAUCCUGGGAAGAACCAAUUUUAUUUAAAAUACAUGAAAAUCAAGCAUUCAGGGUUAUGAAAAACUCAUUUUGUUCUUAUAAAAAACUUAAUAAAUCAUAUUAUGAUCAAGUCGUAUUAGUAUUUAGAGAAAAAAGAAUAUUUGAAUCAGCUACACCAAAGGGAAUUAACAUGUUAAAAUAUGGUUCUAAAAUUACAAUAAAUGCCAUGUCCAAAAAGGAAUAUAAACACCUUAUAAGUGAAAUAGAAAAAAGAAAAAGACUAAAAGAUGAAGAUAUACACGAUUUUUCUAAUUCUACAGAAAAAACAUUAGAGUCUAUGACAUAUAUCAUUAUUGAUGAUCCGCCAAUUGAACUAAUUUUAAGAGACAAAGACAACGAAAGCAUAAAAUUAUCGAUCGAUACAAAUGCAACUAUUUCUAAACUCAUAGAAACAUUUAAAACAUCUAAAAAUAUUAAUACCAAUACUAAUAUUACACUGAUAUUUGAAGGCGAAUACCUCGAACCCAAUUUAUCUAUUUCUUAUUAUGAUUUUGAAAAUGGAGAUCUGAUUGAUGUACAAAUAAACAAUUAAUAAAUAUACUUUGUAUAUUUCAUUUUCAUGUUAAAUAUAAUAUUAUUCAGAUUAUCCAAACUAUUUCUUCUGCUAUCAUUUAUCUUUUCUAAUAUCAUCUCAAUAAAAUGUUUAUCAAUCUAUAAAAUCCGUGAAAUUUAUAUUUAUUUAUACUAUAUUUUACCUUAAAUAAUUGAAAAUUUGGCUCAAAUAAAACAACAAAUUUGGUAAAAUCAACAAUAACUAUUUUAUCUUUCAAUGAGG